CUACGAAAACACCUCCCCACCAUAUUGAAAAUCUCAGCGCGAAUACACAACUUGAACGAUGACAGUCCCAGCAUUUGAAACUACCUUCGCGGUGCCCAUGACCUGCCAAUCAUGUGUUAAGGACAUUGAAGGCUCGCUACAUCAAUUGAGUGGCAUCAACAAAAUCACUGCCAACUUGGAACAUCAACUAGUCUCGGUUGAAGGCACAGUUGCACCUUCGGCUAUUGUAGAAGCUAUACAAGCUACGGGCCGUGAUGCUAUUCUACGUGGAAGUGGAAAGUCCGAAAGUGCAGCAGUAUGUAUCCUAGAAUCGCACGCUUCUCAUGUAGAGAACAAGGUACGCGGAUUGGCGCGCAUGGUCGAAGUUGCUCCCGGUAUCACGGUCGUCGAUCUGAGUAUAAGAGGACUAUCUCCUGGAACCUACCAUGCCACAGUUCGAGAAUCUGGAGACAUAUCUGAGGGUCCUGAAUCUACUGGUGGCAUCUGGGAAGCUUUGACCGCAAAAAAAGAGAGCAAACCUUCUCGAGGCAUCUUUGGCACAGUCGAAGUAGGGAAGGGGGGCGAUGGUGCUGUCUUCCUUGACAAACCUAUUCAGAUCUGGGAGAUGAUCGGCCGCAGCAUAGUGGUUGCAAGAGAACAGGAUGGAAAGUUCGAUAAGAAUGAUCCGGAUACGCUAGUGGGCGUCAUUGCACGCAGCGCUGGCGUCUGGGACAAUGACAAAACCGUGUGCUCGUGCUCUGGAAAGACAGUGUGGCAGGAGAGAGAGGAACAGCGGGACCGUGGUAUGCUAUGAGCACUAUGAUAUGCCAAGAUAGAUGAAGCUCUCCAAGAAGAAUGAAAUGCCAUCCAACUGCUGUAUUCGGUGGCCAGGUGAUAACGC